CUCGUAAUAGUUUAGUCUAAAAGAUCCAAGAAGCUAUUUGGGCUGAGGCUGACAGACUGAUUCCAGGCCAAUCUGCAUCAUAUGGGCCUGAAACUCACCCCCGCAGCCCAAAUCCAAGCAACUUUAAAACCCUAAUCUGUAAAUCUUCCCUCCCCUAGGCCGCCAUACCAUGACAGAACCUCCCUAUAAAUCCCUCUGUCAAUUCAAUCUCCAGCUUCAUCUCGCCGUUUUCUAUCUACACAUCCAGCCGCUGCUCUCCUGUACUUUCCUAGAUCGCGAAUUCCCUCCGCACCUCUCUUGCUCAUAGCUGCUGUUGUUUCUCCCUCAAUUGUUUUUAGAUUUCAUGUGUUUUCUCCUUCUCGAAAUCGAUUGAUGGGUUUUGAGCAAGACGAGUGCUAUGAUGAAGCAAAUUGUUUUGUGGACUAGAGUUUCUGAUUUGGGCUUCUUCUCCCAAUAGUUGAAGACUAACCCUUGGCUGUCUGAGCGCUCUCGCUUCUCCCUUCCAAUUUUGUUUUGAUUUCUUUCUUUCCCCUGUUCUUUGCAUUUUUUUCUGGGCUUAUGAUGAUAACAUACCUUUAUCUUAGCGGAUUUCAGUGAGAUAAAUUCGUUUGUCAAUGAUCUGAUUGUUACACACACUGAGGCCUUCAAAUUCAAAUGCUUUUUAUCCAAAUCGGUUUAGUGUUUUGAAAAAGAUUGAUGCUUUAUGCUCUGGGGGAUUUGGAUUGCGAUGAUGAGUUAAGGCACACGAGGGUGUGUUAAUUGGGCAGUGGACGGGUUUCCCUUCAUUGGUGGAACUCGCCGUGAGCCUUAAUUUAAAACGACUUCUCCUUCCACUGAGCUUCCUUAAAUCCUUAUCCUGUUUUAAUUCUUAUCUAUAUUUUGAUUCAGCUUUAAACCAUGUUUUUUGCUCCCAUUACCAAUUCCGGAGGAUUGUAAAUAUGGUUCCUCACGGUAUAAUGGCUAGGGUGCUAGAUUUAAUUAUCUUGUGGCUUAUCCUGAUUAUUGGCUGGUUUGCUGUGCUAUUUAAUCCUGGAAACACCACAUAUAUUUGGUUUCCUACUUUCGUUACCUAGGCUAUAUAGUAUUUCUUUCUCUUCGCAACUCCUAUGGAGUGUUUAUCAAUGUAAAGACAGUUUAUUGACGUUAUGGCAGGCAGCAACAGCUGUUUCAGCGGAAUUGUGGCACUGAGUUUUAUUGCCAGUUCGUCGGGAGUGUUCUUGAACCUUGAAGAAUGCGUAGCCAUUUGUUUCGAAAUAUGGGGUACAACAUUGGAGCAGCGUGGACAAUAAAACCUCAUGUUAUAGACCAAUGUUAGCUAAUUUGGAAAUCAUCAAUCUGAAACAAUUUUCACAUGGAUGGCUAGCGUUGGGGUUCAAAGAUACGCUUGGGUCAAAAAUCAAAAUCUUUUUAAGAUGGACGAAGGAUGGAAGUAAAGUAUUGCAGUAAUCAAUUCAUUUAUUGGUGAAAUAAGGAGGUAACUAGCCAACCCCAUUCCAAUCUAACCCGUGCAAAGCCAAACCGUGUAUUAGAAUCUAAAUAUUUGCAUAUAGAAUCAAGAAUCCAACUGUCAAGCUAGACCGUUGAUUUGAUGAUAUAGCUUAGUUGGACAUGGCCCUCUAUAUUGCAGUUCAUGUUGACUUGCCAACUUUUGCAGAUCCGUAGGAUACAAAUAUCAAAUUCUUAGCGACAAAGUUGUUAACUAUGAUUUGAUCCAUGAAACUGUAUUGGUACUGCAGAUUAUACUGGUAAAGUCAGCGGUACGAUAUUUUAUGGUAAAGUGGUGGUUUAAUCAUAUUUCAACUGUUAGUGUCGUUAAAUACCAUUAACCGAUUUAACAUUUGAUACUGGUAUUUCGUGGUUGAAUCGCUGGUACAGUUAGGUUUCAUGGACCAUCGUCUGACCGCUUCAGAGGGAGAAGAAGAGAGAGAAGGAUGAGGGAGAAAGACAAAUUUGCGAGGAAGAUUGGAAUUAGGGUUUCUAAGACAGAGCUCAAAAAUGGCACAAUGUCAAACCGACGACUAGUGUUGCAAGAUUCUCUUAUCUCAUAUGUGAAAAAGGAGAUGGGGAGUAAUAUAAAAGAGUCCAGAUUUGGAGAUCCCGAGUAAAUUGCAUGAUGGAAGUAUCUUGGAAGAAUGAUUAUCUAAAUGAAUAUUUGAAAAUAUGGAAAAGGAAGGGGAUAAUUCCCAAAAGCUUCUGAGAGCACAAACAAUUAUGAGAUUGGCAGAAAGCUGGACCUAUUUAACAUUUUAACUACAAGUUACCUGUUCUAAAGUCAAUUGCAAUAUCGGCAAAGUAUAGCUCUGUAAUAUCAGCAAAGCAUAGCUCUGCAGCAUCAUCAAAUGGCAGUCAAUCGGAAGUUUAACGUCGGUCUCCUAAGAAUGUGUACCCUUCUCAACGUGACCAUGUUGCUAAUUUAUAGAUCUGCGCGUAUAGAUCGUUUGGUUUGUUGGUUGCAUGGAGUUUUCCAUGGAUGAUGCAGAAUCUGCAUUGGCUGGGAAGUAUGGAGCCGACUCAAACCAAUCAAGCUCAGGAGAUGGAGAUCCCAUCUACUCAAACACUAGAAAUGGUGGGGGUUGAGUCUCAGGAAUGGGGUCCCCGAGAGACGGCUUGUCCGGUUGGGGAUAAGUAGGUCUGCUAUGUCUAAAUCGAAAGUUGUAGACAUGGGAAAGAGAACAGGGCAAAAUGAGCGCCCUGUACAGGAUAUGUUAGGAGGAGGCAGAGGGUACGGUCGUGGUCAGGCUACUCGAGGUGGGUAUGGUCAGGGGCAAUGGAGUAGAAGCCGAAGCAGCGGUGGUGCUGGUCCAGUUCGGGGAUGAAGCAAAGGAUAUGGUGGUCAGGGACCUCAAGGCCAUGGAGGAUGGAGAGGAAAUAUGCAUGGAGGGCAUGGGCAACAAUUGAAGAAGGGAUGCUCUGAUCUAAGGGUGAAUAACCCUCCUAAAACUGGGGUCUCAUUUGGUUCCUUUGCGGGGGAUCAAGGAGAUGCUAGGAUAGGUGAAGGCAGUAAGGAGGCUGAUGCUUCUGACCCUAGAUAUAAACAAGUGUCUCGAAUGUCAGUUGCAGAGCUGGAUGAAAGUGAGGCUCGUAAGCGACCAACAACUGUGAUGGAGGACCUAGUCCCGGAUCCAACCUUUGCGAAGAAGGUGUGCAUGGAAGAGGAUUCUGCUGUUAAACAAAGUGAUGAAAUGGUGGGGGUAACCAACCAAAAAUGGCCUGAAACCAUCAAAUGAAGAUUUUGUCUUGGAAUGUGAGAGGUAUCAGACCGUCUCUCACUUUCCAAUCAUUGUCGGGUCUGUGUAGGUCAAAUAAGACAGAUUUUGUCUUUCUUUCAGUGACAAAAUUGAGUAGGCGCGUAGUUACCCUUCGUUUGCACGGUUUAGGUUUGCAAUAUUUUUUUCUUGUGGAUGUUGUUAAUACUUUUGGUGGUCAGAGUAGUCAAAAUCCCGAUUUAAAUCCUAAAAUCCUACGCUUUUACGAUUUUACUUACCUAUUACGAUCUUCAUUUCACUAUAAAAUCUAUGGACCUUAAAAUCCUACACUAUUCACGAUUUAAAUCCUUAAAAUCUUGAAAAUCUUACGAUUCAAAUCUUUGAGUCAAUUUUACUUAUUUUCCCCAUAAUUUGCAAAACUACGCCUCUUUUUCUUCUCCUCCACCAACAUCAUCUAGUUCUCUCACACUAACCACCAUCGACUAUAAUAAAUUCACAUCAAUGUAUUAAUCAUCAUUGAUUCACCACCUCUUAACAUUAACCUUGAUAAAUUGGAACCUUAUCCUUGAAAAUUAUCAUUGUAAGUGUUAUGUGCUUUUAUGUUAUUCAUGAUUUUCCUUACUAAUAUUAUCCCGUCUUCAUUUUUAUAUGGAUCUUAAAAUCCUACGAUUUUACGAUUCUGAUUUUACCCACAUUUUUUAUUUUACGUAAAAUCCCGAUUUUGACUGCUUUGUUGGUGGUUUGGCCUUCAACUUGGAUACUAGUUUGAAUGUAACAGGGUUAUCUAGUUCGGAUUUUUAUGUUGCUUGUGGUGUGACUAAGGGGAACAAUAGUGGUUUGGAGUAUGUUGUGAUUGGUGUUUACUUUUCUUCUGAUAUGUCUAUCCAUGGACAUCAAACUCUUCAAUUACAAAUGAAAUGCCAAACUAUUGCUUGUCUUUUUGUGGUUGUGGGAGAUAUGAAUUAUGUUUUAGAGACUUCUGAGAAAACAGACGGAUGAGAUUGGGAUCCAGCUAAAUCUAUGGCUGUGAGAGACCUGAUGAAUACGUGUGGGCUGCAGGACUUAGGGUUUAUGGGUCCGCCUCAUACAUGGUCGAACCAUCGUAUGUGAUUGGCUUGUGUUACUGAGAGAUUGGAUAGAGCAUUAGCGUCUCUGGCUUGGGUAGAAAAGUUCCCCGAAUCUUUUGUCAAACACUGUACCAACCUUGGGUCGGGCCAUAUAAAAGAACUUUGAGACCAUUAUUUCGGUUUGAUUCGAGAUGGGUAGAGUAUGUUGAGGUUAUACCUCUGGUUCAGUCCAUUUGGGAUCAACCUGUUGUAGGCUCUCCCAUGUUUCGGCUUUGGAUACGUCUAAAGCGCUUGCGACAUAAGCUCUAUGAGUGGAGUAGAGAGGGAACUUGUAAUUCACAAAGGAGUAUCUGAAUACUCCAACAUGAGAUUGAAGCUCUUGAAGGGGAGGCGGAGAUUGAUUGGGUUCACGUGGGUGAAUUAGAGACGAAAUUAACGCGAUAAUAGGCAGUAGAAGAGGUUUUUAGGCGGCAGAAAUCGGGGGUAUAUUGGCUGAAAGAAGGAGAUUGUAAUUCCUCUUACUUUCAUAAUGUGACCCGUACUCGUCGACGAAAAAAUUAUAUUGAAAAGCUUCUUCGGGAGGAUGGAACUUGGGUAGUGGAGGAAAUUGAGAAAGCGGGGGAGGCUAUUGACUUAAUGACUUCUAUGAGAAACUAUUCUCAACCGAGAGUGGGGUGGGGAAUUUGGUCGAACAUGUCCAAUUGCUCCCUAUAGCCACGACGGUGUAGGAAGAGAUAAUGAGCAGCUCACGACCCCAGUGUUGCCGGAUAAAAUUCGUAGGGCAAU